GCGGUGGUUGCUGGGCGACGGCGGAGGGAGAGAGCGGGGCUCGAGGCGUGACGCUGCGGGCUCCGGGAAGCCCCCAUCUAGGGCUCCCCGAAGCCCCCAUCUAGGGCUCCCCUCCGGGGCCCGCAGCCCGCAGCCCGCAGCCCGGGCCAUGGCGGUGGCGCCUCCGAGCGGGGCAGGGGGCUCGCGCUGGACCUGGCGGCCGGUGGCCCGGGACGCGCUUCUGGCGCGGGCCUUCCACUCGUGCACGGAACUGCGGGGUCGGCUCUAUCUGGUGGGGGGCCUCCUGGCCGGAGGGGCGAGAGAGCCCAGCGGCGACACUGUCGUCUUGGACCCGGCGGGGGGCCAGGCCGUCCGGGUGGGGGCACGGAGCGGCCCGAGGCGCAGCCACCACGACGCGGCGCCGCUGGGCGGGCGCUGGAUCUGCACCGUGGGCGGCUGGGACGGGUCGCGCCGCCUGGCCACGGUGGCCGCCCUGGACACAGAGCGCGGAGAGUGGGAGGCGUGGACCGCGGCCCCCGACAGCUGCCUCCCCGCCGGCCUCAGUAGUCACACCUGCACCCGCCUCUCUGACCGAGAGCUGCGGGUGGCAGGCCGGGAGGGCGGGACCCGCACUCAGCGUCGCUAUGGAAGCAUCUACACCUUAAGGCUGGACCCCGGCGCCCGCACUUAUUGCUAUAAGGAAGAAGGCUGCCACACAGCCUCACGCUCAGGGCACUGUGCUGCCCUGCUUCCAGCUCCUGGGCACCGCCCAGGUCACCAGCUGCUGCUCUUUGGUGGGUGCAAGUCAGCGGAACCAGAAGUAGCGGGGCGCUGGAGUCCUGGGCAGAUCACGGAGGAACCACCUGCUGCCCCCCGUUUGACGCAACAGCUUGCAAAGCUUGUGAGCAGUGGGCAAGGGUCCCGGCAGGGGCCCGCAGGACUACGGCAUCACUCGUGUUCUGUGGUGGGGCCCUUUGCUGUGCUAUUUGGUGGAGAGACUCUGACCAGAGCUAGAGACACCAUCUGCAAUGACCUCUACAUCUACGAUGCCCGCAAGUCUCCUCCCCUGUGGUUCCACUUUGCCUGUGCAGACCGUGAGCUGAAACGCACAGGCCAUCGGACCUGCCUCUGGAAUGAUCAGCUUUACCUGGUUGGAGGUUUUGGUGAGGAUGGCAGGACAGCUAGUCCACAGGCUUGCAUCCUGGACCUCUUUAUCUAAUGAAUGGUACCAAGACACACCGCCAAGCUUGUUUUGUCCUAAACUCAUAAAGCAUUAUCACCAGAGUUACCUGCCUCGUGUCAAAUGCUUAUUAAACUUCAACGUGAAAGUCAACAUUGGUCUCUGAAUCUUUUGGGUGAGGGCAGUAAAUAAGUAGACACAUCUU